AUGGAUCCAAAGAGCUGCUACAGAGUCAAAUUGAUGAAGUCAGACACAAAUACCAGUCAGUUGAAGGUUAUUCUUGCCAGGCCUAAAAUACACAAUUUGCAGAAUGCUAAGCGUAUAAAAUGGCAAGCUGAUGGGAAUGGAAAAAUGUCCCUUUAUCUGACAAAAUCACAAAAAUCUGAUGAGGGACUGUAUAUAUGUGAAAUCUGGCAAGGCUGGGACAGUGUUUCUGUCCAAAAAAUAUCUUUAAAAGUAAAAGAGUGUAAAAUCCUUCAAGCAGUAAAAGCAGCACCCAACACGAAUGUUAACCUGACCUGCCCAGUGGACGCAACAUCAGGACAAGGACCCCAAAAUAUCUCCUGGGCAAUAGUGAAAGGAGGCAACCCUGUGUCUAUCAUCUCUGAAAGGCUUGUAAUUGACGGGACAUCAUUAGCGAUCCAGUCUGUGGACUACAGUGACAAUAAUUGGUACAGAUGUAAAUAUCUGCUUGGAGAAACUCUGCCCUGCUUUGAAAUUUAUCUUGGGGUCCAAGUGGAAAAAGUUGUCACCACAACGGAUACAGCACCGACGACCAGUGAGGAGAUGAUUUGGGGAACCAGUGAGGAGGGGCGCAAUGGAGCCGUUAUUGCUGUUGUUGUUGCUUCAGUCGUCAUCGGGAUUGUCAUAAUGGCUGCACUGAUAGGUCUGUUCAUUUACCGUAGAUGCAACACCCCGAGAAUCACACAGCAAACCCAGAGGCACCCAGCAGGUACCACUGUAGAUAGAUAUCAGAUUGUGAGUCUUACUCCUUCAGAGGACCAUACAACCCUUCACGUCAACAGCAUAUACCAACAAAUCACUGACGAAGACCUGUGUACUUUCCGGUAUUAGUCAUUUUCAGUCUGCUCAAGACAAAGAAGAUGUUCCAUUAAAGUCUUUACUGUCUAAUAUGCAUUGCCGGCUUAUAUUUAUGCAUCGUGUAAUCCAUGUAACAUUUACUCGCCUCUUAAGUAUUUGUCUUGCGAAGAAGAGUAAGUGACAACAUGGAAUAUGUGUACAGCAGUGCAAACACAUUUCCCCCGUUUUUACUUAAACUGUCAAUCUUAAAUCUUUUAUUUCUAUUUCAAACCAAUAACAAAAUAAAAUAUAAAAACACAACACACCAAAAAGCAAAACAAUGUAUUUGAAGUGUUACAAAUAAUAUGUUCAAUCUGUCC